UUUUUUCUGCGCGACAACAUGGCUGCGCCCACAUAAACGCAUUGUUGUCGUCGUCUCUGAUUAUUAACGGCUUUCGACGCGGUUUGUGUUUCGACGCCGGCGUAUUUUUUCGACGCAUGCCCGCGCACUGGCUGCCAACAGCGCAUUAUACGAUAUUCGCCUACUGCUAGGUCGCCGAGGAGUGAAAGAGAACCGCGAAUGCCUACUACAACGACGACGACGACAUCGGCGACGGCUUCGUCGGCCGGCGGUUCGAAUUCACGCGGUUUCUCGACGCACCAGUUCUCGCGCCACUUCAACGGCAACAGCGUGCACUUUCUCGUGCUUCGCAUGGACUCCAGCUUCUUCCUCUGGGUCGGCUCGCAGAGCGGCUGUCUCAAGAACCUCUCGGUCGCCAUGUCGACGGCCUUCGAGAAGGGGCCCACGGCCAGCAGCCUGAUGGGCGACGCUUCGGACCUGACGUCCAACGCUCUCGCAGCGAAGCUGGCCAAGCGAACUGGGUGCCAAGUGUUCGUCAGCUACAACGUCCCUGCCACCGACGCGGCGACGGUGAACUUCGUGCACGAGUGCAUCGUCGAGGAGAUGUCGCUGAUGCCGCACAAGUUUCAUUAAAAGCCG